CCCUCGCUGUAUAUAUAUAGAGAGAGAGAAGGAGCGAAGCAGGCAGGGAGGCAGUCGUGGAUGCGGGGAGGGCCACGAGAAUCCCACAACUUGCAAGUUUUCUCCAUCUUCAAAUUGAGGAGAGAAUUCAUCCUUACUACUAGUAGUGGUGCUUCUUCUGUUGGCAGCACCUUUAAUGAAAGCUUGCUGAACCAUUGUUGUUGUUGUUGGUGGUGGGUUCUGAUACUGAUACAGAUACAGAUACAGAUCUCCAUCUCCAUCUCCUCCGUCCGCAAUGGCGGCGAGUCUGGUUUUCUCUGAAUGUGGCCUCAGACCCCUCCCCAAACUCCUCUACCCGAAGCCCCGACCCUCCUCCUCCUCCUCCGAUUUGGGGCUGAAUCUGAGGGCCGUAAAGCAGCACCCCCCAUUGUGGUUCCCAUUCCCAAAUAGCAGCCGAGUGAGAAGAUGGGCUGUGGGGGUGAGUACUCCAAUCAGAGUUCACCCAAUCGAAGAAGAAGAAGAUAAUGAGAAUGAGAGCAGUAACAGCAGCCUCCAUGGAAGGAGAGGAGGGUUCAUUAAUGGCGAGGGCCAGGGCCAGGAAUUCUUCGACCCUGGGGCGCCCCCUCCCUUCAAACUGGCGGACAUCAAGGAAGCCAUCCCGAAGCACUGCUGGGUGAAGGACCCUUGGAGGUCGAUGAGCUAUGUGGUGAGGGACGUGGCUGUGGUCUUCGGAUUGGCCGCCGCCGCCGCCUACUUCAACCAUUGGGUUGUGUGGCCUCUCUAUUGGUUCGCUCAGAGCACCAUGUUUUGGGCUCUCUUUGUCCUUGGCCAUGAUUGCGGACAUGGCAGCUUCUCAAAUAGCCAUAAAUUGAACAGUGUUGUCGGCCAUCUCCUCCAUUCGUCAAUCCUCGUCCCUUACCACGGCUGGAGAAUCAGCCACAGGACACACCAUCAGCACCAUGGACAUGUUGAGAAUGAUGAAUCUUGGCACCCUCUUCCAGAGAAAGUUUAUAAUAGUCUGGACAACAUAACGAAGAAGCUGAGGUUCACAUUGCCUUUCCCACUGCUGGCAUAUCCCAUCUACCUUUGGGGGAGAAGUCCUGGGAAGACUGGCUCCCAUUUCCAUCCGGACAGCGAUCUCUUCGUCGCCAAUGAGAGAAAGGAUGUAAUGACCUCAACAAUAUGUUGGACUGCGAUGGUUGGAGUGCUCGCCGGACUGUGUUUCCUAAUGGGACCGAUGCAAUUGCUCAAACUUUAUGGGAUACCUUAUUUAGGAUUUGUUGCAUGGCUUGAUUUAGUCACCUACUUGCAUCACCAUGGCCACGACGAAAAGCUUCCAUGGUACCGUGGGAAGGAAUGGAGUUAUCUAAGAGGGGGUUUGACGACACUAGACCGGGACUAUGGGUGGAUAAACAACAUCCACCACGACAUAGGGACGCACGUGGUACAUCACCUCUUCCCGCAAAUCCCACACUAUCAUUUGAUCGAAGCAACGGAGGCAGCAAAACCGGUGCUGGGAAAGUACUACCGAGAGCCGGAGAAGUCAGGGCCCCUUCCACUUCACUUGCUGGAGAUCCUUCAAAAAAGCAUGAAGAAGGAUCACUAUGUGAGCGACACCGGCGACAUUGUCUAUUAUCAAACCGAUCCCCAAGUAGCUGCUGCUGCUGCUGCUGCUGCUGCUGCCAAGGAAUCCUCUUCCUAACAGCAGGAAUCGAAUCGAACUUGAUUUAUUAUUAUUAUUAUUGAUGCAUCGAGCCUUGAUCAUGCCGUGUGAGUGUGAGUGUGAGCUCGAUCUUAACUUUGAAUUACUUUUAUCAAUUUUUUUUUAGGAGAGUAUAAUAGAGAGGUAUUUUUGGAUUACAAAAAUGAUGUGCAGAUUAAAUGUAAGCAAGAUUUUUGUUAUCCCAAUUAAAAGAAAUACUAAUAUACAUUAUUGUUGUA